AUGAACCCCCCACCCAGCACCGGGCUCUCCCAUACCGGAAGUGGCCGUGUUGUCCCGUCGUUGCGCCCUCAGCAGCACUGUGUCACACUCACACACACCGGAAGUGGCGCUGGCUGCGCGGCGGUUUGGCGCCGGUGGAGGGAGUCCUUCGUGCGGCUGCACUUCCGGUCGGCAUUUUGUUCUGUGUGAGGGAGAAGCGGAUCCCGAUUAGCCUGAAGCGGCCGCCGCGCACUGACCGGACUCCUCCCCUUCGCCGCCAGCCCCCCCCAGCUCUCUCUUCUCCCUCCGGGCCGUACUCGGCAGCCCGUGUCUCGGGGGCGGGGGACAGCGACGCCCGUUGUGAGGACGCACGGAGAGCUGCGGCCUGACGGGAAGGCAGUCGUGUCCGGAUAGAGAGCGCUCGGGCCGGGGAGUGUACGUGUGUGUGGCGGACACUCGGACUGUGAAUCUUCCCCCCCUUCCCUCUGUUGGUUCCCGGCGGCGGCUGCAGGCGGGAGGGAGGGGGGCAGGACGGGGGAAGGAGGAGGAGGAGAAGGGAUCGGCUCCUUCCCCGCUCCCCCUCUCUCUACAUGUCCGGAUUAUCCUCACCAGGCCCGGAGUGACGGAAGAUCGGCUCCCCCCUAGCGGCCCGGACUGGAGGCCGCAGUCCCAGCCUGCCGCUCAGUGUAUAGGAGAUGGGAAGUAAUGACAGGUGGCACCUUCAUUAAAAUACCUGCCUAGAUUCCACCAUCCUACAGCUUCAGGAUGAAUGGGGAUAUGCCUCAUGUUCCCAUUACGACUCUAGCGGGAAUUGCUAGUCUCACAGACUUACUGAACCAGCUGCCUCUUCCAUCCCCUUUACCUGCUACAACUACAAAGAGCCUCCUCUUUAAUGGACGGAUAGCAGAAGAGGUGAACUGCCUUCUGGCAUGCAGGGACGAACCUCUGGUGUCACAGCUUGUCCACAGCCUCAAUCAGGUGUCAACAGACCACAUAGAACUGAAAGAUAACCUGGGAAGCGAUGAUCCUGAAGGCGACAUACCAGUCUUGCUGCAGGCCACCUUGGCCAGAAAUCCCAAUGUUUUCAGGGAAAAAAGUAUGCAGAACAGAUAUGCAGUGCAAAGUGGGAUGAUGAUGCCCCAGUAUAAGCUUCCCCAGAAUUCCAUGCAUGGCAGCCCAGCAUCUUCCAAUUAUCAACCAACCACUAUCUCUCAUAGCCCUUCCAGUCGAUUUGUGCCACCUCAGACCAGUUCAUCAAAUCGAUUUAUUGGCCAGCAAAACAGCCCUGUUCCUAGCCCUUAUGCUCCCCAAAGUCCUGCAGGAUAUAUGCCAUACCCACACCUUGGAAGUUACACACAACAUCAACAAAUGCAGCAAGCUUCUGUUUCCAGUCCAAUUGUGGCAGGGGGUCUGAGGAACCUGCAUGAAAACAAAGUCUCUGGCCAAUUGGCAGGGAACUCUGCAAACCACCAUGCUGAUAACUCCAGACACAACACUAGUGAGGACUAUCUGCAGAUGGUACAUAGACUGGGCAGUGAGGAUAGUGAUUCUUCAAUAAGGAAUGCUGCCUCAUUUCCUCUACGAUCCCCACAGUCAGUGUGCUCUCCUGCUGGAAGCGAAGGAACACCGAAAGGAUCAAGAUCAUUAAUUCUUCAGUCGCAACCUCCUCCCUACACCUCUCCGAGAGAUGCUCCUCCUGAUAUUUUGCUGGACUCCCCUGACAGAAAGCUAAAAAGACAGAAAAAGUUAAAGACGAGCAAAGAUGAGAAGGAGUCAAGUGAAAAGUCAGCAAUGUAUGACAUCAUUAGUUCUCCCUCCAAGGACUCUACCAAACUCACAUUAAGACUGUCACGUGUAAGAUCUUCAGAAAUGGACCAGCAGGGAGACAUUCUCUCCAGCAUGGAGAACAGUAACGUUUCGGAGGGUGACUCCUCUUUCAAUGUGCAGUACCCUGGGCACGCAUCAAAAACGCCAGUCACUCCACAAGACGUAAAUCGUCCUUUAAACGCUGCCGCUUGUUUCCAAGAGCAGAAUGAAUUCCUGCAAGUGCCCGUCCUACAGCCCAACACGUCUGCAACUGCAAAACCGUCUCAACCUCCCGUGGCUCAGUCACAAACACAACAAACAGGAAACAUAACGCCAUAUGACGAAGUUGAACUGGAUGCUCUGGCGGAAAUAGAGAGGAUAGAGCGGGAAUCUGCCAUUGAGAGGGAGCGCUUUUCAAAAGAAGUUCAGGAUAAAGAUAAACCUUUAAAGAAGAGGAAGCAAGAUUCCUAUCCAUUAGAAGCUGGAGGUGCUACUGGGGGAAACAGACCAGCUUGCCAGGAGACAAGUGCUACAGGAAAUGGGUCACGGCCAGCUUUAAUGGUUAGCAUUGAUCUUCUGCAUGCUGGCAGAGGGGACUCUCAGGCAACUGCAACUCAGGACUCAGACUCGGCAAAGAAACCUGAAGAAGCAAAACAUUGUAAUGAUGGAAUUGUUUCUGUGCCUCCUGAAGACCCUAUGGAAGUUCUUAAAAAUACAUCUGAAAACAAUCCAGGGACUCCAAAAAAGACGUCAGAGUCAGAAACUGAGCAUCCUGAGCAAUCCAUCAUAAGCACACCUACUAAAGAUCCAGGUGACCUUGUGCCGGAGGAGUCGCUGAAAGAGGGCAACCCAUGUGACAUCAAAGCGGAGACCCCUGAGGUUGUUGGAAAUCCUAAAGUUUGUGAAGAGAGCAAAAGCGAGACAAAGCCUGAAGAAAGCGAGACAAAGCCUGAAGAAAGUUGUGAGGACAACAAGAUGGAGAGUAAAACAGAUGAGGUAACGGAGGAUGUAAAGGCAGAGUCAAAUGACACCAAGCCAUGUGACAACCAGGAGGGAGAGACACCAAAGGAAAGUGUCAGUGACUCUAAUAAAGAAGAUGACAAACAGGAGCAGAAACAGCAGCCAAGUACUCCAAAACAGCGUAGUGAAGGCAAAUCGGACACUCCCAAACAAAAACCUGAGUUAAGGCGGGAGACCAGACAGAAGGGUGACAGCAAACCAGAGCAAGCCAAACAAAAGGCUGAGCAGCCAAAACAGAAAGGUGAUGGGAGGCCCGAUACGCCCAAGCAGCGGACUGAUGGACGCUCUGAUAAUCCAAAACAGAAAAGUGAUGGGCGCCCAGAAACACCGAAGCAUAAAAACGAUAGACCUGAUACACCUAAGCAAAAGGGUGAAGGCCGACCCGAAACACCUAAGCAGAAAAGUGAUCCCCGACCAGAAGGCCAGAGACAAAAAAGCGAUGAGCGUACGAUAUUGACUAGACAGAAAAGUGACAGUCGCCCAGAGACGCCCAAACACAAACAUGAUAACAGAAAAGACUCCAUCAGACUCUCAUCCGACAAGAAACCAGAUUCAUCCAAAAGUAAAACCGAUUCAAAGCCCGGUUCUCCUAGGGUCAAGUCUGAAAGUCGCUCUGAUGCCGCUAAGCCGAAAGUGGAUGGGCGACCAGGUCGUGAAUCUUCAAAGCGAGAUCCUGAAAAUCCAAAACAGAAAUCUGAAGAAAAGAGUGAAUCUGAUCGUCACAGGGUCAGGAAACCGGAGUCUCUGAGGUCCUUCAACAAGAACGAACAGGAUUCUAAACAAGGAAACAAGUCUGACCCUCCCAAAAAGGAUAAUUCUGAGCGAAAGCUCAGGCACGAUUCUGAGUCACGGGACAGACUUUCUUCUGGGGAGCAUAAAUUAAGACCGGGAAGCCCACGGAUUAAAUCUGACAGUAAACCAGACCCAAGUAAAUCAAAGACGGAUAAAUCUGCAUUAAGGUCGCCAACUGGUAAAGAUGACAAAAGGACCGAUGGGAAUAAAUCCAAGGUGGAGGGGAAUAAGGCACAUGGGGACAACAAGGGAGGUUUCCCAAGUUACUUGUUGGGUGGGAGUCAGGGCACACUGAAAAACUUUGUCAUUCCAAAACUCAAGAGGGAUAAGGAUGGCAAAGUCACCCAGGAGCCUAAGCGAACAGAUCAGAAAGGGCAACAGAAAGGUGAUAAAGUGGGUUUAGUGGAAGAUCUUAACAAAGGAGCUAAGCCUGUAGUAGUUCUUCACAAAAUGUCUUUGGAUGAAGUACAAAAACUCCUUAAAGAAAGAGAGGAAAAAUCCAAGGCGGCAUUGAAGUCUAAUAAGAACAAGCAAUCGAAAUCCAGCAAAGCGGGCAUCGACCAGUCGGUCCUGAAAGAGCUUCCCCCUGAACUGGUGGCAGAAAUCGAGUCAUCCAUGCCAAUCUGCGAACGUGUGAAGAUGAACAAACGGAAGCGGGCCACGGUCAACGAGAAGCCCAAAUACGCCGAGAUCAGCUCCGAUGAUAACGAAAGUGAAGACGACUUUGAACCCUCUAAGAAACGACACAAAAAGGAGAAGAAGGAUGAGGAGUGGAAAUGUGAGGAAAGAGAGCGACGAAGCUCAGGGGAUCACCGCCGUGGGAACGAUAACCGGCGGAGCAGCCGCUACAGGGAACGCAGCCCUGAGGACUCUGAUAUGGAGGGAUCUCCACCGCCGAGCCUCAGAGAAGUCGCCCGGCAGAUGAGGAAGAAAGAACGUCUAAAGAAAAGGAAAGCCUACGAGCCCAAGCUUACCCCGGAAGAAAUGAUGGACUCUUCCACGUUUAAGAGGUUUUCGGCAUCAGUGGAAACUAUAUUAGAAAAUCUGGAAGAUAUGGACUUCAGCAAUUUUGGUGACGACGAAGAAAUCCCUGCAGACCUUCUGUUGGGAAAACAUCAGUUGAAUGAGCUUGGCAGUGAGUCUGCAAAAAUAAAAGCAAUGGGCAUCAUGAAUAAGAUUUCUUCAGAGAAAAUGGUCAAGUUACUCGGGAUUCUUGAGAAGAAUAUCCAGGAUGGUUCUAAGCUUUCCACUUUGCUGAACCAUAACAAUGAUACAGAAGACGAGGAAAAGCUGUGGCGCGAUCUGAUCAUGGAGCGAGUAACCAAGUCUGCUGAUGCCUGUUUGACGGCCAUCAACAUUAUGACAUCUCCCAGUAUGCCCAAAGCAGUUUACAUUGAGGAUGUCAUCGAGCGUAUUCUUCAGUACACUAAAUUUCACUUACAAAACACACUUUAUCCCCAGUAUGAUGCUGUUUAUAGGGUCGAUCACCAUGGAGGUUUAAUGAGCUCAAAAGCAAAACGUGCAAAAUGUUCCACCCACAAGCAGAGGGUCAUUGUUAUGCUGUACAACAAAGUGUGCGACAUUGUGGCCAGCCUGUCAGAGCUCCUAGAGAUACAGCUGCUCACAGACACCACCAUCCUGCAGGUGUCUUCGAUGGGAAUUACUCCAUUUUUUGUGGAAAAUGUCAGUGAAUUGCAGCUGUGUACCAUCAAGCUGGUCACUGCGGUGUUUUCCAGGUACGAAAAACACAGGCAGCUGAUUUUGGAGGAGUUGUUCACCUCUCUUGCAAGACUUCCAACAAGUAAAAGAAGCCUGAGGAAUUUUAGGUUAAACAGCAGUGAUGAUGACGGGGAAGCCAUGUAUAUCCAAAUGGUAACUGCACUGGUCUUACAGCUCAUACAGUGUGUGGUGCACCUUCCUUCUGAUAGAGACCAUGCAGAGGAGGAGUCAAACAAGAAGAUCGACCAAGAUGUCUUCAUCACUAACUCGUAUGAAACCGCCAUGCGGACGGCACAGAAUUUUCUGUCUAUUUUUCUCAAAAAGUGUGGCAGUAAGCAAGGGGAGGAGGACUACAGGCCACUGUUUGAAAACUUUGUCCAGGACCUUCUGUCUACAGUGAACAAGCCUGAGUGGCCAGCAGCUGAAUUGUUGCUGAGUUUGCUUGGUCGGCUCUUGGUUCAUCAGUUUAGUAAUAAGUCAACAGAGAUGGCAUUACGUGUGGCUUCAUUGGAUUAUUUGGGUACAGUAGCAGCGCGACUCAGGAAGGAUGCAGUUACCAGCAAGAUGGACCAAGGAUCAAUAGACCGAAUACUAAAGCAGGCCCCUAAAGGUGAAGAUGAGAUUCAGCAGCUGCAAAAGGCUCUGUUAGAUUACCUCGAGGAGAACACAGAGACUGAUCCGUCUUUAGUGUUUUCUCGGAAGUUUUACAUAGCUCAGUGGUUCCGGGACACUACAAUGGAGACGGAGAAAGCCAUGAAAUCCCAAAAGGAUGAGGACUCUGAAGGAGUACAGCAUGCAAAAGAGGUUGAGAGCACAGGAGAUAUCAUGCAGCGAGCAGAAAAACGCAAAAAAUUCCUCCGCAGCAUCAUUAAAGCAGCACCAUCACAGUUUAGCACUUUGAAGUCAAAUUCUGACACAGUUGACUAUGAUGAUGCUUGUUUGAUUGUGCGAUACUUGGCCUCUAUGAGGCCGUUUGCCCAGAGUUUUGAUAUUUAUUUGACCCAGAUUCUGCGGGUACUAGGAGAGAAUGCAAUUGCUGUCCGAACGAAAGCCAUGAAGUGUUUGUCUGAAGUUGUAGCUGUAGAUCCAAGCAUUCUUGCCAGGUUGGAUAUGCAGCGAGGAGUUCAUGGGAGACUUAUGGACAACUCGACCAGUGUGCGGGAGGCAGCUGUGGAGUUACUGGGGCGUUUUGUGCUCUGCAGACCUCAGCUUGCUGAGCAGUAUUAUGACAUGCUUGUAGAGAGGAUACUGGACACUGGUAUUAGCGUAAGGAAGAGGGUGAUAAAGAUCUUGCGAGAUAUCUGCUUGGAGCAACCAACCUUUCCCAAAAUUACAGAGAUGUGUGUGAAGAUGAUCCGCAGAGUGAAUGAUGAAGAAGGCAUUAAGAAAUUGGUGAAUGAGACAUUCCAGAAACUCUGGUUCACGCCAACCCCCCAAAACGAUAAAGUAGCGAUGACCAGAAAAAUCCUGAACAUAACAGAUGUGGUUGCCGCAUGUCGGGACACGGGAUACGACUGGUUUGAACAACUGCUGCAAAAUCUUUUAAAAGCAGAAGAAGAUACAUCGUACAAACCUGUGAAGAAAGCCUGCACGCAGCUAGUGGACAACCUGGUAGAACAUAUCCUAAAGUAUGAGGAGUCCAUGUCUGAUUCGGACAAUAAAGGUGUGAACUCCGGACGGCUGGUUUCUUGCAUCACCACUCUGUUCUUAUUUAGUAAAAUCAGGCCUCAGUUGAUGGUAAAACACGCCAUGACCAUGCAGCCAUACCUCACCACUAAAUGUAACACCCAGAAUGAUUUCAUGGUAAUAUGCAACGUAGCGAAAAUUUUGGAGCUGGUUGUGCCACUAAUGGAACAUCCGAGUGAGACCUUCCUCACCACAAUAGAGGAGGAUCUCAUGAAACUAAUCAUCAAAUAUGGCAUGACGGUGGUACAGCAUUGUGUGAGCUGUCUCGGGGCUGUUGUCAACAAAGUAACCCAGAAUUAUAAGUUUGUUUGGGCCUGUUUUAAUAGAUACUAUGGUGCGCUGAUAAAGUUAAAAACUGAGCAUCAGGAAGACCCUAACAGCACCGUACUGACCACCAACAAACCAGCUCUCCUGCGCUCGCUCUUCACUGUCGGGGCUCUCGCUCGACAUUUUGAUUUUGAUCAAGAAGAUUUCAAGGGUAGCAGUAAAGUCAACAUCAAGGACAAAGUUUUGGAGUUGCUGUUGUACUUCACAAAACAUUCAGAUGAGGAAGUGCAAACUAAAGCCAUUAUUGGACUUGGGUUUUCAUUCAUUCAGCAUCCAAUUCUCAUGUUUGAAGUGGAGGUGAAAAAUUUGUAUAACAGUAUUCUCUCCGACAAGAACUCAUCGGUGAACCUGAAAAUUCAAGUACUGAAGAACCUCCAGACCUACCUGCAAGAGGAAGAUACCAGGAUGCAGCAAGCCGACAGAGACUGGAAAAAAGUUUCAAAGCAGGAAGACCUGAAAGAAAUGGGAGAUAUUUCCUCAGGGAUGAGCAGCUCCAUUAUGCAGCUUUACCUCAAACAGGUUCUGGAUUCGUUCUAUCACAAGCAGUCAAGUGUCCGGCACUUUGCUCUCAAUGUCAUCGCAUUGACGCUAAACCAGGGUCUCAUUCAUCCUGUGCAGUGUGUGCCAUAUCUGAUUGCGAUGGGGACGGACCCUGAGCCUUCCAUGCGAAACAAAUCAGAUCAGCAACUGAUUGAGAUAGACAAGAAAUACACUGGAUUCAUCCAUAUGAAAGCUGUAGCAGGCAUCAAGAUGUCCUACGUGGUGCAGCAAGCAAUUGUGUCCGAUGCCAAGCGUAUCGUGCGUGGGUUCCGGCAAGACGAAUCCAACAGUGCCCUAUGCUCUCACCUGUAUUCUAUGAUCCGAGGGAACCGUCAGCACAGACGCGCUUUCCUUAUCUCAUUGCUCAACCUGUUUGAUGAUGCUUCGAAAACGGAAGUGACUAUGCUCGUGUAUAUAGCGGACAAUCUAGCUGGUUUUCCAUAUCAAUCUCAGGAGGAGCCACUGUUUAUUAUGCAUCACAUAGACAUUACGUUAUCUGUGUCGGGUAGUAAUCUCUUGCAGUCAUUUAGGGAGUCAAUGGUAAAAGGUGGUAAGCGGAAGAAAAAAUCCAAGGGAGAAUCGGAGGAAGAAAACAAUGCAAGUGAGGAGGAGGUGGUGGUGGUAAAGCCUAGAAGAGCAAGACGGCGAGCGGCCGAAGAGUCCGAUUCUGAUGAUGAGGACAAUAUCGAUUAUGUCCUGAACUGCCUGCCGGAUGAUGCUGCUCCACUCAUCGAGUUUGCAAACGCCUCACAAGGAAUCCUCUUACUUCUGGUGUUGAAGCAGCAUUUGAAAAACCUCUGUGGAUUCUCUGAUAGUAAAAUUCAGAAGUAUUCACCGUCAGAAUCUGCAAAGAUAUACGAUAAGGCUAUAAACAGGAAAACAGGAGUCCAUUUUCACCCGAAGCAAACCCUGGAAUUUCUUAAGAGGGACAUGGUCAACAAGAAGAUUAAUGAUGACAUCAAGAGGACGAUUGCGAAACAAUAUUUGGACUUCAAGUUACUCAUGGAACACUUAGACCCUGAUGAGGAAGAGGAGGAGGGAGAGGUUUCUGCCAGCACAGAUAUCCGAAACAAAGCCAUUACUAAUUUGCUUGGAGGUAACAGCCCUAAAAACAAUGUGGCUGUGCCUGAGACUGAGGAAGAGGAAAGCGAUGGGGAGGAGAAAGCUGGGGCGACGUCAGGGUUAAGAAAAUCGAAACGGUUAUCAGACUCUUCAGAUCUAUCAGGCCAGAUGAAUGAGACGGUCGACGCCCAGGAUGUCAUUGCAAUUUGUUGUCCAAAGUACAAGGACCGGCCACAGAUUGCGAAAGUAGUUCAGAAAACCAGGCACGGGUUCAGCAUUCAGUGGAUGGCGGGCUCCUACAGUGGCACUUGGGCUGAGGCCAAACGCCGUGACGGACGAAAGCUUGUGCCUUGGGUCGAUACAAUUAAAGAGUCGGACAUCAUUCACAAAAAAAUUGCGCUCACGAGCGCGAAUAAGCUGACUAAUAAAGUUGUUCAGACUUUACGAUCGCUGUACGCAGCCAAGGACGGGACUUCCAGCUAA